AUGACCAAGCGCGUCUGCCAGCGUGCCACGUCGCCGAGCCUGCCAUAUGUCGUGCUGCAUGGCAUCCUCGCCAUGCUGAAGGAUGGACGCGACGUUGCCGCCUUCCUUGCAGCGCUGUCAGACGAGAUGCUAUCGCCCGAGCUCGCUGCGCUCCGCGACCUCGGCGCCGUCGUCGACCUCGCCGACCACUGGCCAGUCGUGAACAUCACCACGAUGCCGAUCGAGCAUGCGCGCCUUGGCAUGGCCGCGCUACCUGCAUUCACCGGUAUCUACAUUGACGCUGGCAUCGCCGCCUUCGCGUGGCUGGAUGCGACCUUGCCGCCGAGGAUGCCACUGACGCUGGUCGUGGACCCGUCUGUGCUCGGCCUGCAAAGCGCCUUUGCCUAUGCGUGGGGCGACCGCGUCACGAGUGUCAUCGUUAAAGGCCGUUUAGUGCAGCCGGACCUGAUUCCGCAUCUCCUCGGACGCUGCGUCAACGUCCAGACAGCGACGAUCCAAGACGCCACGACAUCCGACACGGCGACGUACAUGGCAGCGCUUCCAAAGCAGCAUUUGCAUACGCUCACGACGAUUACCACAGCAUACGAAGCGCUGGUGGCAUCGCCAAAGCCCUUGACGCACAUCGCAUCGCUCACCGUCGUGGAAUCGCGUUUCGGCAACGGUGCUACCCUCGGCUUGGUCACGAAGCUCGAUCGCACCAAGGUCCAUACGAUCAUCUUUGAUCGUUUCGAAGGCCAGGGCAACAAUGGCGACGGCGGUGUCAACCGGCCCGAAACCAGUGUGCUCGACACACUCGCGCUGUGCCCCGCGCUCCGGAGACUCCGGCUUGUCCGCGUCCACAUAGCUCCGAUCACAACGACUGGAACCUGGUCGCACUUGUCGACGGUCGCCGUGCGGGAUACGACGUUCAAGACACCUGGCGACGCCGUCAAGCUCAUCCAGUGGCUCUCGACCUCACGCAGCCUGAAGGACGUCAACUUGGACUGCACGCCGCUCGGUACGGCUGGGUUUGUCGAGCUGGCGCGGGCGCUGCCGGCGUGGAUGGCAAGAGGCCUUGAGGUGUUGAAUCUCCGCGCGACACAUCUCUGUGACGACGAUGCUGCGAUUCUUGUCGUUGCUCUCGCUUCGGGCACGAACCGACGGCCGCUCACGGUCAAUGUGCGGGCGAACCCUUUCUUGAAGGCGUCGACAAAGCUCUUCUUGGCCAUGCUGGGCGCGAGCCACAACAUGACGCUACAUGUGGGCAUGCGCCGCUACACCGACGGCACCCGAAAGCAUAUGAAGCUGCACCAGCUCGUGCAGGUGCAGCCCGGCGUCCUGACGUCCCCAUCGCGCCAAUCGUCACGAUGGCAUGGCGUUUAA